CCUUUUUAUCAAUAUUUGCUUAAAAUUGUACGUGGAAGUGACUCUCGGAAUCGACAGUGUAUCAUGAAAUCUGUCGUUCAGCGCGGCUGGCGCAACGCCUCUUCUCUAAUAGUGCUGAACAAGCGAUAUGGUGACUUGGUACGAGCCUCUGUUAACUACGACGUAUUAUUGCAGACUCGACCGAGCACCGGAGCUUUCCCCAACAGUGUGGUUUUUCCGGGCGGUGUGGCCGAGCCUGCUGAUGACAGCGAUCACUGGUUAAAGCUGUUCAAGUCUUUUGGAUACACAGACGACGAUUUUGCAACCUUUCACGGUGUAGGCACACCGACAACUUUAUUUCAACCCAAUCCAAUAUUAAGGCACAUAGCAUUGAGAAUCACUGCAAUAAGAGAGACCUUUGAAGAAGUGGGACUGUUGAUAUGCAGCAAAGAUCAUAAAAGUAACAGGAAUAGCUUGUAUGCGGAUAUUAUACCAGAUGUUGAUGUUAAAUUUUGGCAGAAACAAAUAAGUGACAACCCUGAACGACUUCUAAACCUGUGUAAAGAGUACAAUUGCUAUCCUGAUAUAUGGGCUCUUUACUACUGGAGUCAUUGGCUAACUCCAUGUCACUUCAACCGACGGUUUGACACUGUAUUCUUUGUCACAACAUUGAACAACAAGCCUGAUAACCUCGAGAGUAGCAAAGAAGUUACAAAAGUUCAGUGGGAGAGUCCUAAUGGUAUAUUAAAGAAAAAUAUUCAGUUAGAAUUGGAGUUACAUCCACCACAAGCCUACGAGCUGCUACGACUUGCACAUAUAGCUGAUAUUGAUGAGUUGACCGAAUUUGGAAAAAAGAGAAAUAAACACAACAUUGAUGUGAUUUAUCCCAUUGUGCUCAGAGCAAAGGAUGGCAUAGUACUUCUUUAUCCAGGAGAUGACCUCUACCCAUCGAGUCUAGAUUAUUAUAACGACGCUAUAAACUUUAAGGAUAAGACAGUGUUAGAACUAAGAGAAAAAUCAACUGUAGUCCAUAGGUUGGAAAAACUGUAUGAAGAAAAAAAAUCUAUGUUAAUAUUAAAAAAUUAUAAACAAAAUAAUCAUAUAAAUAUGGGCGAUAAACUGCUCGAAUUUUAUUAUAAUGAAGCAAACAAAGUGUGA